UCAUGGCCACAAGGAGGGAGUGCGUCUCCGCGCUCUGAUUGGCCCGCCUCCACGCAGCUCGGCCUUUAUUCUGAAACACAUAUUGCUGAGCUCUCUACCCAAAACACAACAUGAUGUCACAGGCGGGCACAGGACGGACGCAGCGGGUUCAAGUCGUUUAAGAAAGCAGGUCUUGACCCCAAAUUAGAAACGGAUACUGCGGGGGGGACGAGAGUCGCUUGUCUUCAGUGGAUGCUCAAAGAAGAGGCUGUUAACAAGGGACACCUAAGAGUUUUGGUAGAUUCUUCCUGUGAGAACGCAUCUCUUCUGAAAGAAAAAAAGGCACCUUAAUUGGGACCCAAAACGCUUAUAAUUUACUUGAGAAGCGCAGGAGAAGCAGUCAUGCUCGGCACUGAAGCAGAAAACAGCUCAUACUCCACAAAAGAGACGGCGGACGCGAGGCGCAAGUCUCCGGCCGCGGAUGCAGAGGAGCCAGGCAACAGGUACGCAGAGCAGGGGAUGGGCUCCGAGCGCUACUACGUCCCUGCCACGACCUCUAAGCAAACCCCCGAGGCAGCGAACCCCUGCUCUUUCAUCCCCUACACCGCCAGCGGGACCAUGUACGGCCCGUCGAACGCCGCCAGGUACUCCUCGUCGCUCCACCUGGGCUCCGUGCUGCCUCCAGCAGGGUUCUCGUCGUCCUCCGGCGGGCGCAGUCACUUCGGGCCGUCCUAUCAGCUCGGCCAGAGUCCGGGCUGCAUUUAUCACCCGUACACCGGCUCGGGGCCCGCUCUCAGCAACAUGACGCUGCCAGGCGGCGGCCCCGGGGCCAGGGCCCAGGUCUACCUCUGCAAUCGGCAGCUUUGGCUGAAGUUCCACCGGCACCAGACGGAGAUGAUCAUCACCAAGCAGGGCAGGCGGAUGUUUCCUUUCCUCAGUUAUAACAUUACCGGUCUGAAUGUGACUGCGCACUAUAACGUGUUCGUGGAGGUGGUUCUGGCCGAUCCAAACCACUGGAGGUUUCAGGGGGGCAAAUGGGUCACCUGUGGGAAGGCGGACAACAGUGGCCAAGGGAACAAGGUCUACAUCCACCCAGAAUCUCCAAACACGGGGGCCCACUGGAUGAGACAAGAAAUCUCCUUUAGCAAACUCAAACUGACCAACAACAAAGGGACCAGCCACAGCACAGCGCAGAUGAUUGUUUUGCAAUCACUGCAUAAGUACCAGCCACGGCUGCACAUUGUGGAGGUGACGGAGGACGGAAUUGAAGACAUCACCAGUGACCUGAAGACCCAGUGCUUCACCUUUCCCGAGACCCAAUUUAUAGCAGUUACUGCCUACCAGAACACUGAUAUUACACAGCUGAAAAUUGAUCACAACCCUUUUGCCAAAGGAUUUAGAGAUAAUUAUGACUCGAUGUACACAGCUCCAGAGAAUGACCGCCUAACCCCAUCUCCAACUGACUCCCCCCGUGCCCACCAGAUUGUCCCUGGCACCCGGUACACAAUGCAGCCCCUCUUCCAAGACCAGUUUGUCAACAAUCUUCCCCAAAACCGCUUCUACAACUGUGAGAGAGCAGUUCCGCAAACCAACAGCCUUCUUUCGUCUCAAACGGAAGACGGCACAUCACAAAGGUGGUUUGUGACCUCCAUGCAACAGGGUGGAAGUGGAGCCACCAACAAGCUCGAUCUCACCCCCUAUGACGGGGACUACUCAAACUCCCUGUACCCGUACGGCAUCAAGUCGCUAUCCAUGCAGACCUCGCAUGCUCUUAGCUACUACCCAGACGCUCCUUUCACCACAAUGUCGGCCGGGUGGAGCACAAGGGCAGCAUACCAAAGAAAAGUCACCCCCAGUCUGCCAUGGUCUCCCAGACCUAGCCCUACUGCAAGUUUCCCUGAGGACUCAGACAAAGUUAAACCGCACACAGAGGAGGAAGUGAAUGGAAGUGAAGCCCUAAUCAGCUCUUGGACUGAGAGCCACCCUUCAGCCCUCUCGCCAGACAAGACUGGUUCAUAUUCCAUGACUUGCAAACGGCGGCGGUUGUCUCUUAACAGCACAAGUACAGAGGACUCAGCCACCAAGUGUGGGGACCUAGCGUCCCCUGCCACAAACAGCUCCUACAGUAAAGAAACUCCUCCAUCCAAAGGAAUGACAGCUUACUAUCCCUUUUAUAGCAACCCCUGAGUUUUACUUCCGAGAAAGGGCCUCAUGUCGUGAGUCGUUCACUCUCCACUGUUAUUAAGCAUUGUUUUAGAUUUGGAAAUCUGAGGAACCUGUUGUGGCAAUGGCAUUCAGCUUUUUCCUUGGAAAAAAAAGAGGUCUGCAUUUUAAAGAUGGAUGUGACCUUGUGGAAAAGUAUUUUAUUAUUUGUUCAUUUAAAAAAAAUGUUUUGGCUGUAGCAUUUGUGGUACCCUCAUUAAAAAGGAGAACAUUGUAUGUCUUAUUGCCACACACACAUUUAUGCAUCUACUUUGACUGUGAGAUUAUGUGUUUACAGAUUAUUUAUUGAUGGGCUGUUCUUUAGGAAACGUGUGCACUCUUAUAAGACAAAGAAUAUGCUGUAUAUAACUUCUCUGCAAAGGUCAAAUGUUUGAUAAUAAAAAGCUUAUGUGUUCCAUUGGAAAA